AUGAGGGCUGCUAGAUACUACGGCGUCAAAGAUGUGCGUAUUGAGGAGAUUGGUAUCCCAAAGCGCCCAGCAGACCAUGUACUCUUACAGGUUACGUGGUGUGGUAUUUGUGGGACUGAUCUGGCAAAUUACCACACUUGUCCAAUGGGGACACCAGCUCCAGGAACAAAAGAUCGUAUUACUGGAGAUACUCUCCCCGUGACUUUGGGUCAUGAGCUCUGCGGUCGUAUAGUUGAGGUACCUGAAAACAGCUCCUUGGAAGUUGGACAAGCCGUCAUGGUUGAUCCCCGCCUCUAUUGCUCAGAGUGUGCUAUGUGUAAGCAAGGAGACACAAAUCUUUGCUCCAAACUAGGCUUCGUUGGCUUGAGCGGGGGCGGUGGAGGUGGUUUCUCGGAAUUCGUCGCUGUCGACCCCAAGCGAUGCUAUCCCAUUGCCGACUCAAGCCUCGACACAGCAUGUCUGAUUGAGCCUCUGGCAGUUGCAAGACACGCCCUGAGAGUAUCCGAGUUUUCUGGGUUUCGAGACAAGACUUCACUUAUCCUUGGCGCUGGCCCAAUUGGACUUGCAGUCAUCCACAAUCUCAAAGUAGUCGGAACAGGUCCUAUUUUUGUAUCAGAGCCCUCUGCACUAAGACUGGAGUAUGCACGAGAGAUUAGCGACGCUGCAAUCAACCCUCAAGAAGCAAAUCUAGUGGACACUAUUGAGCAACUCACUGAUGGUAAUGGUGUUGAUGUUGUGUUUGACUGUGCAGGAUUUAUCCCUGCUAUGGCACCGGCGAUGUCAGCUUUGCGCAAGAAAGGGAAAUACAUUCUCGUGGCAGUUCCAGGAAAGCCGAUUGCAUUGCCAAUGAUGGAGUGGUAUGCUCGAGAAAUAGCACUCGUCGCCUCGGUUGCUUAUAACGAUGUUGAUUUCCGAGAGGUUGUCAAUGAUUUCAAUGAAGGCAAGUUCAAGGGUGUGGAGAGGAUGAUCAGCAGUCGUAUCCAAUUGGACCAGUUUGUUAGUCAGGGGCUGGAAGCGCUAGUUACAAAUAAAGAGACCUUGUUGAAAGUUCUUGUAGAACCGAAAUAG